UACCCUCAUGUUUGGUUUUUCAGUCUAUGGCGCUUUUCAUUAAUAUGCUCCGGCCUCCCGCCCGCCUCUCCGCCGUGCGCGCCCGCCUUCCGGCUUCCCAGCGCUCAGUCCUGCCGGAGGCCGACGGGAGCCGCCGCCUCCAGCUCGCGCCUCCGCUUCCUCUCGGACUCCUCCGGCUGCCCCUCACCCCCGCAAGUGGCCAGGAGAAAGCCAGCUCGCCGCUGGGCCUCCUCCCACGCUUCCCCGCCGCGACAAAUGGGCCCCCGCCGCCGGGAAGCCGCGCCCGCCCCCUGGUGGUGGAGGACCAAGCGGGCGCCCGGGCCGGCCAGAGGGAAGGGCCGGAGAGCGGAGGGAGGGGUCUGCGGUCCCGCCCGCCGCCCCCGGCCAGGCGCUGCACAAUCUGAACUUGCCACGUGGGAGCUGCCGCCGCAGCGGCGGUCCUGCACCGAGUGGCACUACAGGAGGGAGAAAAAUGUGU